AUGUACAAGCGUAACUCUAAAGCCGUUGCUUCCGCGGGCCUCAUAUGGCCGGACUUCGUCGCGAUUGUAGCAAGCACUGCUAUCCUCUUUCUGUCUCAUCGGCAUGAUGCCGAGUUCGGUCCUAACUCAAAACACGCCCGCGAGGCAGGACAAAAAGUGUCUAUGGACAUGCAAGCAGUGUGA